GGCGUGAGUGGUAUUUCAUACUUAGACAACUUGUGAUUAAAUACGAAACAAGAAAACCUGGAAUAUCAAGCCUGCCCAGCUUGUGAUGUUACUACCCUUCAAGGGCAUUCCAUUUAUUGAUGUCUCACCAUAAACCAAUCAAACCCUUAGAAAAGAAAUACAAGGCUGAAACAGAAGAGGAUUUGAAAGAGUUGUUAGAAGAAAUGGAAAGGAGUUUUAUCUCCAGCAUGGCGUCAGGUAAAAUCGAAGGAUUGGAUGCCAUGGAUGACUUCACAUUCCUGGACAUAUUGAACAAAGAAGAGAAAGAAGUGUUGCUAAAUAAAAAAAUUGAAGAUAUGAAGAAGAAAAAUGAACGCCUUAUGAAAAGACACCAGGAAAUUGAAGAUGAUAAAAAAUAUGCUAUAGAGAGUGGUGCUGCUGUACCUCACCAUCCUGGUGAUGAAGAAUAUGUGAGAUCAUCCGCUUCUGGUAACCGAGGAGAUGAGGAUUAUGUGAGAUCAUCCCCUUCUGGUAACCGAGGAGAUGAGGAUUAUGUGAGAUCACCACCACCUGGUAACCGAGGGGGCAGGAGUAGUGAAGGAGGUAGAAGUAGCUAUAGAGGAGGAUCCAGAAACACUAGAAGAGGAAGAGGUAGAGGAAGAGGCAGAGGAUCACCUAAACAGUUUUACUCAUCUCCUAUGCAAAGAUCUGAAUCAGAUACAACACGAUAUAACAGAUUUGAUGUGAUGAAUGAGAACAAGGAAGCACCAAGACGUACCAUUUCUGAUAUAACAGGUCAGAAGCAGGCUGAGGAAGUCCCACGAAGAUCUGUUAAAGACAUCACAGGUCAGAACCAAAGCAAUGAAACCCCUCGGAGAUCAGGUAAUGACAACACAGGACAGAACCAAAGCAAUGAAGCCCCACGAAGAUCAGUUAAUGACAUCACAGGACAGAGCCGAAGCAAUGAAGCCUCACGAAGAUCAGUUAAUGACAUCACAGGACAGAACCGAAGCAAUGAAGCCCCACGAAGAUCAGUACAUGACAUUAUGUCCCAAUCAAAAGGUGAAACUCCUCCAAGGAGAGUUGGAUCAGGCAGAACUGAACAUUCUGCUAAUAGAAGAGGUGGAUAUCGUGGAAAACGUGAUAAUGUUGGCAGGAGGGGUCCUUCAAGGGUUUCCAGGCCUCCAGAAUCACCCACAUCACCUGAAUUAUCGUACGUAGAUGAGGAAAAUCCAAUGGUGGGGUUGACUAUAACUGUGACCAACAGCUCCUUAGUUGGUAAUAAACGCAAGAGGCUCAUCAUGUCUGAUGGCAUGCAUCAUAAGAAUUUGAGAGUAUCUUUGAAUACUGAUGAUUCGAAAAGUGAAGGUGGUACGGCAAGGCGAACUGUUCAAAUGACCAAAGAAGAAAAAGAAAGAAUGGAGAGAGAAGAGAGGAGGAAACAGAAUAUACAAAUGAUGGAUGAAGAAUUAAAAUCAAUGAAUGAGGGAAGUCAACAUUCAAAAGGCUAUAGCUUUUUAGAAGACAAAAGACGCAGUGAUUCUGGAGAAAGUCGUAGACACAUACGAAACUGGGGAGGAGCCAGUUUUGAUAAUGCUAAAGUGCAGGUUGCUAGGCAACAUACAGAUAGAAAGAAUUAUUUUUAUCCUGGUGCUAAAUCACAAAUGGAUAUGACAAUGAGCAUGACAGGCAGAGAAAGAAAAGAGUACAGUAACUGGAAAGCAGAACGUGAACAGAUAGAUAAUGAAAGAAUACUCAGACAUAAAAGACAGUCUGGUGAAUGGAAGAGAGAAUGGGAUAGGGAGAAAAAUGAUGACAAUACCAAGUCAGAAACACGUCCAAAUACAAGGGAUCAAAAGUGGACAGCUGUACCAUCUGCAGAAUGGUCUGAUUCACCACAGGCACAAAGAGAGAAGAAACAGAAUGUCACUCGCAAGAGGGUUCCAAAGCUGACAAUUGUUGCAACUAAUCAGAAUAAAAGAAAUAGUUCUAGUUCCAGCAAAGAUUGGGUCACAGAUUCUGACUCUUCGUUGCCAAGCAUCUCUCCAAGAGGGAAAAUAUCCGGAGAUGAACCUGUGUCUCCAGGUAUUCUGAAAACACCAACUGACCAUGUACAUGUAGAAGACUGGGCAGCUGAGGUGGAAUCGGGAAGUGAAGCUUCACUUGAUGCAGAUGCUCAAGAGUUGGAGUUGGAGUGGGAUGAUGAACAAGUGUCACAUCAUAUGGUUAUCAUUGACAAACAUUUUAUUGAAAAGACGAAAAAUAAAAACGAGCAGAAAAAUGAUUGCACAAAAAAUGUUUCUGAAGAUGUAGAUGUAAGUGAUAUUAUUGAAGAUAUGAAAGCAGUUGAUUUGGCUGCUGAACAUUCACAAGAUGUGAGUGAAACCGGUGAUUCUUUUGAAUCAUUCAAAAGUGCUGACUCUGAUCAACCAGGAGAAGCUGCUUUGGCACAAGAUCUAGUCAAGGCUGGGUGUGAUAGUAAAGUAGAACCCGAUCUAGUCAAGGCUGGGUGUGAUAGUAAAGUAGAACCCGAUCUAGGCUCGGCCCAACAAGAAAUAGUGGAUGGAAACCAUGAUGUUGGAGAAAAUAACACCAUUGAUAAAGAAAGUGAGGAAUUACACCAAAAUACUGAAAAUAAUGUUGAAAGACCUGAAGGAAGAUCUGAAUGUGGUGAUACAACAACAAAAAAAGAUGACUGUGCAGUAGACCAUGUUGUGCCUAAUCUAUCUCUUACAGAAAAUAAAUCUGACUCCACAGAAACAGAAGAGUCUAUUAAUGAUAAACAUGCAAAAAAUGGUAAUAAUGGAGGGUCUGUCGGCAAGGAUGAGUCUCCAACUCAUAGCUUAGCAACAAAUACCAUAGGAACAGACAGAUCUGCAGAAACAGCUUCUCAUUCUGAGAUUGAACCAGAUAUAAAAUCAGAGAACUUAGCUGAAAUACCUAAAGCAAAUGUAGUUGAGCAAAUUGAACUUGAAGAAAAAGAAGAAAAAUCAGAUAAGCCAGACAACUCAGCUGAAAUAUCUAGUACCAUUGUAGUUGAGCAUAAUGAAUAUGGAGAAAAAUCAGAUAAGCCAGACGACUUAGCUGAAAUAUCUAAUACCAUUGUAGUUGAGCAAAUUGAAAAUGGAGAAAAAUCAGAUAAGCUAGACGACUUAGCUGAAAUACCUAACGCCAAUGUAGUUGAACAAAAUGAAAAUGGAGAAAAAGAAGAAAAAUCAGAUAAGCCAGAAGACUUAGCUGAAAUAUCUAGUACAAUUGUAGUUGAGAAAAAUGAAAAUGGAGAAAAAUCAGAUAAGCCAGAAGACUUAGCUGAAAUACCUAACGCCAGUGUAGUUGAGCAAAAUGAAAAUGGAGAAAAAUCAGAUAAGCUAGACGACUUAGCUGAAAUACCUAACGCCAAUGUAGUUGAACAAAAUGAAAAUGGAGAAAAAGAAGAAAAAACAGAUGAACCAGAAAACUUAGCUGAAAUAUCAAAAGCCAAUGUAGUUGAGCAAAAUGAAAAUGGAGAGAAAGAAGGAAAAGAUGAAUGUUCAUUUGUAAAACAGGCAGAAACUAAGAGUGAUGUCACUGAGUGUGGAGAAGAGCUUGAUCCAACAGCGCCCUCUAGUGAUAGCACAAAAUCUGAUGCAAUGUAAUGACAGUUGUGUGUCACUAUGGGGAUAGUCCAUUAUGAACUAUUUGGGUAAGGGUGUGUCCCAAUUGGAAGAUUCCAUUAUGAACUAUUUGGGUAGAGAAGGUGUGUCAUCAUUGGAAGAUUCCAUUAUAAACUGGGUAAUGCUGUUUCAUUACUGUAAUAGUCCAUUAUGAACUAUUUCUGUAGGGAUGUGUGUUACUAUUGGAAUACUGUUAAAUAAUUUAUUUUCACUGGAAUUAAUUUUCGCUGAAAAGAUUUUUUGGGUGUUCUGUAUGGAAUUUAUUUUCUUUGAUUUCUGGUCAGUUUAAUGUAAAAUAUAGGAAAAAUAGUAUAUUCACUGGCUUUUAUUUUCACUGAAUCAUUCCUAAAAUGAAAAUAGCGAAAAUAAAGUAUUUUACAGUAGUCCAUUGUCAACUAUUAAGGUGGGGGUUGUAACCAUUUGGUUGGGCAUGUGUGUCACUAUUGGAAUGCCAGAUUGUUAACUAUUUGGUAGAGGGUGUAUUGGAGUAUUCCAUUGUCAACUAUUUAG